CACAAUUUCCCAGCCUUUGCCUCGAUUUUUCAGGACGACAUGAGCCAGCCCGAUGCUGCUGAGCAAAAUAUCCAGAUGUGGAAGGUCAAGAAGCUCAUUAAGAGCCUUGACUCGGCCAGGGGUGCCGGCACUUCGAUGAUCAGUCUCAUCUUGCCUCCCAAGGACCAAAUCUCCCGAGCGUCUGCGAUGUUGACGCAGGAGUACGGGACAGCCUCCAACAUCAAGUCUCGCGUGAAUCGACUUUCUGUCCUUGCUGCAAUCACCAGUACCCAGCAGCGUCUCAAGCUAUACAACAGAGUUCCUCCAAAUGGUCUAGUCCUGUUUGUAGGCACCAUCCUCACCGAUGAAGGCAAGGAAAAGAAAGUGUCUUUUGACUUCGAACCGCACAAGCCCAUAAAUACCUCUCUCUACCUUUGCGACAAUAAAUUCCACACUGAAGCCCUGUCGGAACUCCUCGAAUCUGAUUCCCGAUUCGGAUUCAUCGUCAUGGACGGAAACGGCACUCUUUUCGGCACUUUGGCUGGCAACACCCGCGAGGUGCUCCAUAAAUUCACCGUCGACCUCCCCAAGAAACACGGCCGUGGUGGUCAGUCAGCUCUUCGUUUCUCUCGUCUCCGUGACGAGAAGCGCCACAAUUAUGUCCGCAAAGUCGCCGAGCUUGCGGUCCAGAACUUCAUUUCCAACGACAAGGUCAACGUUACCGGGCUCAUUCUCGCAGGAAGUGCAGAUUUCAAGACUGAGCUUGGCCAGAGCGACAUGUUUGACCCACGUCUGGCAGCAAAGGUCAUCAAGGUCGUUGAUGUGAGUUAUGGCGGGGAGAACGGAUUUAAUCAGGCUAUUGAGCUGGCAGCGGAUGCCCUCGCCAACGUCAAGUUUGUCCAGGAGAAAAAGCUUAUACAAAAGUACUUCGACGAGAUCAGCCAGGAUACUGGCAAAUAUUGUUUCGGUAUCGAUGACACCCUGAAGGCCCUCGAUCUCGGUGCCGUUGAGACCCUGGUUGUCUGGGAGAAUCUUGACAUCACGCGCUACACUCUCCGCAACGCAGCUGGCGAGGAAAUAAUCGUCCACGCCAACAAGGAGCAAGAUAAAGACAGAGAGAAAUUUAUCGACAAGUCGACAGGCCUAGAGAUGGAACAAUCUGCUGAGCCACAAGCGCUCCUCGAAUGGUUCGCAGAGAAGUACAAGGAGUUCGGUGCUGCACUCGAGUUUGUCACCAACCGAUCGCAAGAAGGCGCGCAAUUCGUCAAAGGGUUCGGUGGAAUUGGCGGACUUUUGCGUUACAAAGUCGAUUUCACAACGCUCAUGCCCGACGAAGAAGACGAGUUCUACGACAGUGAUGAGGAUGUCCUUUGA